AUGUUUGCAGUGGAGAAGAAACCUCUUAGCUUCACCACGAUCGAGGGAGAUGUAGGACAGAGAUUGGAUAAGAUGUUUGGUGUGAGAUGUAGUUUCUUAACAGUACAACCGGGUCAAUGUUUGUUACCACCUCAGUUCGUAUUUUAUGGGACGAAGAUCAGGGAUAUGGAGAUCUACGAGGACGAUGUAUGGAUGGUGUCAUAUCCACGAACUGGUAGUCACUGGGCCCAAGAAAUGGUAUGGUGUAUCGGGAAUAACUUUGACUACAAAAACGCACAGACUCUAUUGGUCAUACGAAAUCCAUUGCUCGAGGCUUCAGCGUUAAUGGUCACCGGGGAUUACGCGGAAUGGUUCGCGAAGCUAGGUGAUUCUGUUGAAAAUGUUGUAAAGAUGCCACGAACGAGAUACGUUAAGUCUCAUCUUCCGCUCGAAUUGUUGCCGCAACAAAUUCACCAAAAGAAACCGAAAAUAAUCUACGUUGCUAGGAAUCCAAAGGAUACGUGUGUCAGCUUUUACCAUUAUUGUAAAACGUUUCACAACAUAACAGGAAGUUUCGAGGACUUCGCUGAAUUAUUUCUAAAUGAAAGUGCACCGAUGGGCUCAUUUUGGAAUCACGUUUUGAAAUUCUGGGCGAUGAGGGACGAAGAAAAUGUAUUGUUCCUAACGUACGAGGGGAUGAAAAAGGAUCAGGUGGCAGCAAUUAGAAAAACCGCGAAAUUUCUAGGAAAAUCUGUGACGGACGAACAAAUCGCUGACCUUAGCGAACAUUUGAAAUUUUCAAAAAUGGCAGCUAAUCCCGCCAUAAAUUUGGAGCACAUUUUGCCGCAAAAGGAUUUGCCUGGGAACGACAAAUUUAUUAGAAAGGGCAAAGUCGGUGAUUGGAGAAACUACAUGUCCGAAGAAUUGUCUCAAAGAUUCGAUGAAUGGAGCGAAAAGUAUUUACGCGGAAGUGGCCUCGACUUUGACAGGGAAGUUGAGUCGUAUGAUGAGGAAUGA